UAUCAAGAACCAGGAUAUUUAGAAGAGGAAAGAGAUUUGAAAAAGGCAGUUGAAGAAAGUAAACGCACGGCAGAAGAAGAGGCAAGAAAACAGAAUUGGGGUCAAGGUGAUGACGAUGAGCUACAGCGGGCGAUACGUGAAAGUGAAAAAGAAGCGAAAGAAGCGGAAAGGAGACAGCAUCAAAAUUUAGAUAUGCAAAACCUGCAAAAUCUUUUUGGAACUAGCAGUAGCAAUAAUAAUGGACAAUCUACGUAUGUUCCAAUCGCUUCCACAGAAUCAAACCUUUGAUACCUCUCUGAAUCCAUACGGGCAACAGCAAUUACAGCAAUUGCAGCAGCAACAACAAUGGCCAAUGGCAACUGGUUUGACUGUAAUGUCGUUUGGUGAACCGAUUCAACUACAGAACAGUUCAAAUACUCCUUUUAUUUCAAACCAUACCACGAAUACAUCUUUAUCGCCAGUUAAUCCCUUUAGCCAGCCUCAGCAACAACAACAACAACCCUCUAUUCAACAGUCAGCAUUUAAUGUUAGUGAUAACCGUACUGGAAACGGCCUGCCCGUUGACUUUCUGUCACAGCAAUCAACAGUUACAAAUUCCGAAAUGAAUAACCCUUACCAUUCGAACCUCCAGGCGCAAAUGACAGGUUAUCCAUCUUCAUUUUUACAGCCACAAUUGACAAAUACCAACACUGGCAGCACAUUGUCGCCGUUCCUCAAUAACAGUAUGAAUAGCAGUUUUGCUUACAGCCAACCACAACAAACAUCGUUUAAUACAAACUUUUUUAGCAACAGCAAUCAAUCUUUACAAGCUCAAAUGACAGGAUUCCCGAACACCCAACAACAACAACAACAACAACAACAACAACAGCCUACAUCAUUUGCGCUGUUUCAACAUCCUCAGCCAACAAGUAUUGGUUCAAAUAAUCCUUUUGCUCCUUCAUACGGACAUUGACCGCAGUGUCCAUACAGUAAUGGAUAUAUAAGAAUUAAUAAAUAUAGUGGAGAUAUCGCAACGUCAUUUAAACCUAUUUCAAUCAAAUUGUCCUUUAAAACUGCUAAUUCUUGCCAGUUAUCAAGAUAUAAUAAUGUUCAAUUUGUUAAUGGGUCAACAAGUCGUAGCUCCAUUCUGAAAGCGAGAUUUUCUGCUCACGUUAAUACCGUACAGCUGCUCCGUUCGAUGAAAUGUAGAAAAGAUACUGUACCCAAAAUAUUUUGUUCAUUGUAAGCCUGAUCCACGUUACUGUCGAUGCUUGGCAUGUUUUUAAUACUACUCUUCUCCUUGAGAAUUGCACUGUCUGUAUAUCAAAUGUGAUCCUGGAUGAGGUAUUAGCCUUCUAUUCUGUCUAAUUGUUAUCAUUCCUAUCAUAAUGAGACUUCAACAGACAACAACUUCUCAAGAAAAUCUAA